UUAUAUAGAAAUGCAAAAACCAAUUGACAACGAGGUUGACGAAAGUGAUCUGACGGUCACGGUGCAUGGCUCUUUCUCAUGGCCGUUCCUUUGGGACGGUAGAUCGAAAAAUCAUGGCCCCCAAUUUUCAUUCUCUCUUUUCCAGAAGAGAAAGACAGUGGACAGCCAAAAAGACCGGAGAAAGGGUUUCGAGUUCAAGAGUUGCCAUCGUUAAGGACGCGGCGCUUGAGGACGCUAACACUGGAUUAACCCAGUUAUCGGCGGUUGCGAAUUCGUUCGAGGAGCUUUCUUCGGUGGUGAACUCCAAUGGUUUCAAUUUUGAUCUUCGUUUGGAACCCUUUUGCGAUGCUUGUUCGCUUGUUUCUGAUCUCUUUGGUUCUUUGGGCAUAGCGUUUAAAUUUGCCGAAUUGGAGUAUGUUUCUAAGGUAAAUGAUCUGGCAGAAGCAUCACGGAUACAUGGAACUUUAAAUAAUAUACUUGAUUUUGAUGUAAGAAAUGAUACAGUGAAAACACAAGGAAGCCUCUCACGUAACUUGCGCAGAGUUAGGCUGGGUCUUGAUCUCAUCAGAGCUUUAUUCCAAAACUUCUUGUCAUCGGAUGAUUGUUCUUUAAAAGAAGCUGCUUCAGCAGCUUAUGCAAAAACUUGUGCACCAUAUCACGCAUGGGCCAUCAGGACUGCUGUUUCUGCUGGUAUGUUUGCACUGCCGACAAGGGAACAACUACUGCUGAGGCUCAAUGAAUCUGACGAGUCAGCAGAGAAGGAAAUGCAAAGAUACAUCGAUGCCUCUCUUCCAAUCAUAGAAUACAUUGAUAAAUUGUACACUUCAAGAAAUAUCAGGUUGGAUUGGUGAGCUUUGCUUCAUUUGGAAGAGGCUACUGAUAUACAAACCUCUUUCUCAGUGCAGCAAGAUUGGACAUUUUCUGAAGGCUUGUUGCCAAGCAUCCUAGCAGUCGAAAACUCGAAAUAGCAGUAUCUUGUUCAUGUAGGCCAGAAAUUUAGGUGGAAGUAGCUACUUUUUCUACAGAAAUACCAGUUAUUUGUGGGUUAAUUGGCACGUGUGCAUAAGAUGUCCUGCCAGAAAAUAUAAUUUCGUAAAGAAUAGAUCCUUUUAUUUGAUUUCGUGAUCCACUGAUUGAAUUAUCAAACGAUAUUGGUGAAGUCCGGGUGACCUUUGUGCCCAAAAAGUGCAUAUUUAACUUCUCA